UAAUGUGGUUAAUCACUUGAACCGGACCGUAAAAUAUACGAAAACGUCAAGCCGUUUUAUGUUCAGUAUAAAGUGAAAAAUCGAGCUCUUCAUCGUCUACAAUCGGAUUCUGCUUCUGCAGAGCGGCCAUGAAAGCCCUUGCUUUGGCUACUUCUAGGGCAACAACGUCAUCAUCUUUACCUGCACUUGAGAAUUUAUGUCAAUUUCAAGAAUCAAUUAAUCAGUUUAAAUCAAACCGAAAACCCGUCAUCGGAAAAACCGAAGCUUCUUCAACAGGUAACACUCGUACUCACACCCCCCUAAACCCUCACCUCAAAAACCCUAACUCAUUAAAACUCUCACAAAAACCCGUUGAUCAUCAUUACUUUUCUAAAAUUCUCUCCAGAAAUGACUGGUUUUUAUUGCUUAACCAUGAGUUUAAAGCCAAGAGAAUAAUUUUGAAUCCUCAGUUUGUUAUUAGUAUCUUACAAAAUCAAGAAAACCCAUUAUACCUUUUGAAAUUCUAUAUAUGGGUAUUGAAUGUCGACCCUUUAUUUGCAAAGGAUCAGUCUAUUAGAGGUGUUUUAGCUAAUUGUUUACAUAGGAAAGGUCCUGUUGUAUUGUCUGUUGAUUUGCUUACGGAUAUUAAAAACUCCGGUUUUCGGAUUAACGAAGAAUUGCUUUGUGUUUUGAUUGGUAGUUGGGGUAGAUUAGGGCUGGCAAAGUAUUGUGAUGAGAUAUUUGGGCAGAUUUCAUUUUUGGGGAUUAAUCCUAGUACAAGGCUGUAUAAUGCAGUUAUUGACGCAUUAGUAAAAUCGAAUUCGCUUGAUUUAGCUUAUCUUAAGUUCCAACAGAUGUCGGCUGAUAAUUGUAAAGCCGAUAGGUUUACUUAUAAUAUACUUAUUCAUGGAGUUUGUAGGAGUGGUGUUGUGGACGAGGCGCUCCGUUUGGUUAAGCAGAUGGAAGGUUUAGGUCAUACGCCUAAUGUGUUCACUUAUACGAUGUUAAUUGAUGGUUUCUUUAACGCAAAGAAGGUCGAUGAAGCGUUUAGUGUUUUAGAUACAAUGAAGGCUCGCAAUGUGAGUCCUAAUGAAGCUACAGUUAGAUCAUUCAUUCAUGGGGUCUUUCGUUGUGUGGCUCCGAAUAAAACAUUUGAGAUAGCAAUACAGUUUAUCGAAAGGCAGCAUGUCUUGCAGAGACUGGCUUGUGAUACACUAUUAUGUUGUUUGUCAAGCAAUAAUAUGGCAAGAGAGACCGGUGCUCUGUUGAAGAAAUUUGGGAAGAUAGGCUACAAGCCUGACAGUGCAGCAUUUAACAUUGCAAUGAAUUGUUUGAUAAAGGGCUUGGAUCUAAACGAGACUUGCGAUAUAUUAGAUGAAUUUGUUGAGAAAGGCUUGAAAUUGGUCUUUAGGACCUAUCUUACACUGAUUGUAGCUUUAAAUAAGGCUGGAAAAUGUACGGAAGCGGACAAGUAUUUUAAUCAGAUGGUUAAGGAUGGACUUUUAUCUAAUGUCUGUUCUUAUAACAUGGUAAUAGAUUGUUUCUGCAAAACCAGAAUGAUGGAUAAAGCAGCAAAGGCUUUCAAAGAGAUGGAAUAUAAAGGUAUAAUACCUAAUCUCGUUACUUUCAAUACCCUUAUCAGUGGGUUCUGCAAAGAGGGAGAGGUAUGCAAGUCGAGGGAUUUAUUAGAGAUGAUUUUAGAACAUGGGUUUAAACCUGAUAUAUUCACUUUUAGUUCAAUAAUUGAUGGCCUUUGUCGAUCAAAACGGGUUGAGGAUGCUUUAAGUUGUUUCACAGAAAUGGUUGAGUGGGGCAUCUCUCCCAAUGCUGUCACAUACAAUACAUUAAUUCAUUCUUUGUGUAUCAUAGGGGAUAUUCCAAGAGCAAUGAAACUCUUCCGAAAAAUGCAGAUGGAUGGUAUAAGCCCUGAUGUUUUUACUUUCAAUGCACUUAUUCAAGGAUUUUGCAUAAUGGGAAAGGCAGAGAAUGCAGAGAAGCUUUUAUCUUCAAUGCUGUCAUUGGGUUUGGUUCCAGAUAAUUACACUUAUGGUGCUUUUAUCAAGGUGUUCUGCGAAUCAGGGAGAUUUAAUGAAGCUAAGGAGAUAUUUCUCUCAAUGGAAGCAAAUGGUUGCUUACCUGAUUCCUUUACAUGCAAAAUAAUAUUGGACGCUUUAGUUACACAAGGUCAGCUUGAAGAGGCCAAAAAACUUGCCAAAACAUGUAAUAAGAGGGGCAUUUUUGUGAAUGUUUCUAUUGGACAAGAGGAUUCUGCUCUUCCUGAUUGAUAAGUCCAUGAUGCUUUAUUUAUAUUUUUCGCUUUAGAAGCAAAGCAAUCACAAGAAACCAGACUGCUGCUCAUAUCAUUUGUGGAAUCAUGUAUAUCCGAUACUUGGUAUGGGUGGUCUAAGCAGAUGUUCACUAAAACUGUGAGCAAUCAACGCCACCUCCAGAAAAGCUGGUUCCUGAAGAUUGAGUCCAGCUGAGAUAUCUCUUUGCCAAAUGAAGCAGAAUAGCAUCAACUUUUAAUUUCAACAUUCUGUGAGACUACUGUGCUUGUGUACUCCAUUUUCUUUACACAGUUGUUGAGACUUGAGAGCGAGGAGGUCAUUUUUCUGACGUUACGUGUUAUCAUAACUUUCACAUAUUUGGAAAGUAAAAGCAAACUUACAUUUCCUGGGGUGGCAUGGAGAGAUUCUGAAGGCACAUUACCGUCUUCUGACAUUGCUCCCUUGUAGCAUAUUUUAUCCUUUGCUGGCUAGAUGGACUACUUCUGGUCUGUCUGUUUGACUGUCCAGCCGCAGGAUUAUUGUACGUUGGUUGAAAAGGCUUCAGUGGAUUGGAGUUAAUUGAAUGCCUGAGGAAGAUAAGUCUAGACACUUCUUUUUA